CGUCCAUUUCGGCUAAUUGCUUUGUGUUGGUUUUUUGUUGUUGUCGUUGCUGCCGUCGUCGUGUUUUCUCUUUUUGCUUCUGCGGAAUUGGAGUUAAGCACAGCUAAGGAUCUGGACUGUUGAACAAGAUACUUAACCGCGAAGACAAAGACCGUGGAUCGGCUGCAGCUGCAUUUGUAUUUCCAAGUUCUUCGUCAUUUUCGGAUCUAUAUACACAGGAGCCAGAGCAGGAGUAGAGCGGCGUGUAUUGUCAUAUGGCUGGCAGCAUUUGGAACGUUGCCUUUUGCAUAAAUUGACGCCAGGCGGAUAAGCCGAAUAAGUUGAGCAGCAGCUGCGGGGGAGGCAAAUGGAAAGCCGAAAUGGAAAGGCAAACAUAAAGCAAUUUUAUGCGUUUUUAAAAUGCGUCAAUUGACUGAGACAACAAAAGCGCGCGCGAGCGUCUGCUGCCGUUAAAUUCAAGAGAAUCGCAUGUGAGCACGUUUCCCAGCAGCAAAAGGGAGACGCACAAAUCAAAUACGACGCCGUAUAAGCAUAUCGAAUAGGAGGAACCGCAGGACCAAGACCCAAGACGUGGCUGAUAAGACGCCGGCGAGGGUGCCGGGCAGAGGACGCUUGAUGAGAAUUCACAAUUGUCGCCAACGGAGCCACACAGUCAAGCAACAACCAAUGGAACAUGUUGAUGCCGAUGCUGGAAUACAACAAACACAUUGCCAAAAUACCAAAUUGCAAAAUGAGGUCGCUUAGGGCGUGGAUGCAGCAAAUGCUGCUAUUGCUGCUGCUCUUUGGCCACUGCGAUGUCAUCCGGGCGCUGGACAAUGCGUCCGGCAAUGGCAACAACAACGGCGUAGGCGGUGGCGGCGGCGGCAGCAUCAGCGGCUCCAGCUCUAUUGUGGGUGCGGGUGGCACAGCAUUAAGCGGACCUCCAGGCGCCCUGAAUGCCAAUCUCACGGAUCUAGGCAGUCCCGGUGUGUAUAAUUCGACAAAUGGUUUAAUGCUAAUUACAUGUAGCGCUGAGCUGUUUAGCUGUGAACUCCCCAACCAAAUUUGAGGCGACGCCGCCAUUUUGGCUGUUUCAUGAUGUGUGCGUAAUAUAUUGUGUGUAUUGUUGUGUUUGUGUGUGUGUAUUUUCUUGUGCGCAUUUCCGGUUUCCGUUUCCGCCGGCCACUAUCCGGUUGCCUUGGCAAAAAACUAUUAGCCACUUUUAGCUAAAUAACCACGCCCAGCCAGCCCAACUCUUAUAUACUUAACAGCUAUGCUCAACGCACACAUACACCCCCGCACACACACACAUACACUAGCAAAACACUAAGCAUCAAUUAACCCAAUUUUCAGAAUCCAUUUUCACCUGGCUCGGGUGCUGCUCUCUGAGCUUUAGCUUUUUCUCUAUAUACUUUUUCGAGCCACACUUCUUUCAUGUUUUCUUUUAUUUUUUUAUAUUUUUGUUCUACCUCCGUGCGAUGCAGUAGCAGUGUGUUUAGCUUAGCUGUCCUUUUAGAAAUAUUUUUUGCGUAUUUUUUUUUUCGUGUAUACCCUGGCCAACAAAUGCUGUUGACUGUGUAAGCUGCCAAGUGAAGAAAUGGCUUGUUUAUGGGAAAGUUUGAAAGGCAUUUAUACGCAUCGCAAUACGUCUUCAUAUAUAAGACAUUUAUAUAACCAAUUUUAGAGAGAGUGUAAAGAGAAGUUAAAGGAUAAAUUUCUGAUUCAGAAAAGUUAUAAAAUUUAAUCUAGAAAUCGACUUUAAAGACGCUUUCGCUAGUUCAAAUAGAGUUUGUUAAUGAACUCGAUGUCCUACGGGGUAUCUGCUGGUCGGUCACCAUCGACUAGAGUGCAGACUUAUUCUGCUGCACCACUACACCAAAUCCCAAGUGGCGACGUCGCCGUUCGCCAAACUUUAAUCCCAGAAACACCAUCCAUACAUAGUAUAUAAUGUGGCUUGCCUGCCCGCUUGGCAGCUACUCGUGGUAUUUGUUUUCUCUUUCUUUCUAUUUCGCAGGCGCUGACGUGUUUUGUUGUAGUUUGGUUUUGGUUUGGUCUGGAGGAUUGGAACGUUGUGGAACGCCUUCGUGAAAGCUGCCAACAAUAAUAACAAUAAUUAAUCUAUUGACUUUAAUUUGCAGCUUACUGAAUAAUGCACAUAAAUAUUACAAUUAAUUUUUUCCAGCAUUUAACAUUGCAUAUUUUAAUAACUAUAAAA